GCUGCCUGCGCCCCGGGGAGAGCCAGGGAGGGGACUCUGGGGCAGGGACCGCGGGGACAGGGACUUUAAGCGCCCGCGCCCCUCAGCGGGACCCGCGACACUACCUGCAACGCCCACCCCACCAUGCGCACACACAGGCGGGGACCCAGCGCGCCCCCCUCUGGAAAGGCUGAGUGCCAGGACCCUCAGCAUUGCCCAGCGCAACUUAGGAUGUGUGAGAUGGGGUGUGGGUCCCAUGGGGUCUGGGCUUCCGAAAACCUUCUGCUUCCUUGGGGUGGGGGUGGGGUAGCCUUGGACACCUCCUGGCUGGGACAGGAGAGAGGCACUGUCGCAGCCACCUCUUAGCUCCCAAAGUCUUAGGGGCAGGGUGCUGAGGUAGAGACCCUGCUGCCCUGACUCCAUCUUUGUCUCUCUUCUUCUCAGCCUCUCCACCUGUAAGAUGGUGAGUCUUCUCUGGCCCCUCUGGACAAAAAGCCCAAGCCCCUAAGCAGAGGGAGAGCCCAGAGGGCAGCACCUGGCCGUAAAAGCCUAGCCCUGGGACUGCCUGGCAGACAGCUCCAACCCAUGACCAGCUGCACACAUACGCCUUGACUUCCCACUCUGUGUGCCAUGGGACAAGCAGGGGCUGUGUGCCAGGCCCUCCAUCUCUCCCCCACCAGCCCUGGGAGGCAGGCACUCUUGGUCCCUUUCGGCAUUCAUUCAUUCUGCAAUAUUUAUAUUACCAUGCGCCUUGCCAUAGUCUAAGUUUGAGGACAUAGCAGUGAACCCAGUCUGGACUCUCAGGGAACUCAACUUCUAAGAGAGUGCACCGAAGCUCAGAAUUUGGCACUGGCCAAACUGGGGUUCAAGUCCAAGUCAGAGGCCCAGACCUCUGCUCUCCCAGCCGCCUGCAGUAUGCUGUCUCCCAAUGACUGAGGUGAUUCCCUAGGUCCAAGCCUCAUCAGCACCAUGGGGGCGGACAUAACAGGCCCCAGGCACCCACAAGGCUCAAAGAAACCUCAUGACUUGUCCAAGGAGGCCAAGCCUGUCCCCCGGAGGACAGGCCCACCCGUGUCCCCGCCUAUGUUCACACUGAGCCUCUGAGCAGCCUCAUUUGGGAGUCAGCCAGCCUCAGAAAGGGGCAGGGUAUAAGAUUUCAUCCAAAGAAAGCAUUUUCAUGAUUCAGAACAUCCUCGGGCCUGCUUGGGGAUGAUGAUGGAACAGAUUCACCUACAUAUUUCGGUCUCAGCAGAACUCCAUGAUGGUAGAUGGGUCACUGAGGCCAGAGAGAAGUGAGCAGCCCAACUGAUUGCUUGGUUCAUUAGCUUAUUUAUUCUUCAGUCAUCAAACACUGAGUAGCUGCGGUGUGCCAGGCACGUUUUAGGUGCUGGGGCUGCUUCAAUAAGCAAAACAGACAAAACCUCUGCCCCUGUGAACCAAGCUGGGACGGACCUGGGCGUGGGAUGUGGGGGGUGCAGUGGUCCAGCCAGCAGUGCACUGCUUUCUGCCCCCACCCCCGGGGGCACCACACAUACCGUUUACAAAGCACUUCCACCUACAUGUCCCUGGUGUCCAGCCUUCAUCCUCCAAUCCAGCCCCAUCCUCUUUGGUUCCGAGGACAGUGUCUACCCAAGGACAGGACAGUAGGGGGCUUAUACCCUUGGGUGACUUAAUGUGCCUCUUGCUCACCCUGCCCAAGACCCACCACUUCUGCCCCCCUCAGCUCUCCCUGGAUCCACUGGGUCCCGAGUGGGACUGCCCCCUGGGCUCCAAGGACCUGGAGGAGGAGGAGGGCCCAUGGGGCGGGGGCUCUGGCCUGCCACCCCCAGGCUUCUUCCCUGGUUCCUGGAGCCAUGAAGUGGGCCUGGACUGCAAGGGCUCCCCUGAGGGAGCAGAGGCCCGGGCCUGGACUGUCUACUACUACAGCCUCCUGCAGAGCUGUCUGCAGCAAGCUGGCCUUCCGGAGACUCAGGACCGCAGCCAGGUGCCCCGCACAGGCUGCCCUGGGGCGGAGGUGACCUUGUGCAUUCUGGGAUCCCCCUGCACCUUUCUGUCCGUGCUGCUGGAGGGUGGGGUCCAGAGCCCGGGAAACAUGCUCCUUUGCCUGUCCCCUGCUUGGCUGACAAAGGUGCCAGCACCAGGGCAGCCCGGUGAGGCAGCCCUGCUGGUCUCCAAGGCUGUGAGCUUCCACCCGGGGGGCCUGACAUUCCUGGAUGACUUUGUCCCCCCGCGCCGGGCCACCUACUUCCUGGCGGGCCUGGGGCUGGGGCCUGGCCCUGGUCGAGAGGCAGCUGAGCUCGCCCGCGACCUGACCUGCCCCACAGGAGCCUCAGCUGAGCUGGCCCGGCUGCUGGAGGACCGGCUGCUGACAAGGCGAUUGCUGGCUCAGCAGGGUGACGUGGCCGUGCCAGCUACCCUGGCUUUCACCUACAAGCCACCAGCACUGCUGCGGGGAGGGGAUGCCAGCCCGGGACUACGGCUGGUGGAGCUGAAUGGCAAAGAGGGCCAGGAGACACUGGUGAAGGAGGAAGUAGGGGCCUUCCUGCACUCCAAGGCCCUGGGUGAUGCCCUGCAGGUAGCCGUGAAGCUCAGUGGCUGGCGCUGGCGGGGACGGCAGGCUUUGCGUCUGUACCCACGAACAGAGCUGGACCCAGUGGUGGACACAGUGCUGGCACUGCUGGAGAAACUGGAGGAGGAGGAGAGUGUCCUGGUUGAGGCUGUGUGCCCACCUGCCCGACUCCCCUUCCCAGGUAGUCCCCUACCUGGCCCUGAGCUGGCUCUGCGUAUCUGUGCUGUGGUGUGUCGGACACAGGGUGACAGGCCCCUGCUGAGCAAGGUGGUAUGCGGAGUGGGCCGUGGGGACCGGCCUCUGCGGCACCAGAACUCCUUGCCACGUACGCUGGAACUGCUGGAGACGAUGCUGAGGCGCUCGGCGCGCUACCUCAUGGAGGGAAAACAGCUGCUGCUGCUCGGCGCCGGUGGCGUUAGCAAGAAGUUCGUGUGGGAGGCGGCGCGCGACUACGGGCUCAAGCUGCACCUGGUGGAGUCGGACCCCAACCACUUUGCGUCCCAGCUGGUGCAGACCUUCAUCCACUUCGAUGUAACAGAGCACCAGAGGGAUGAGGAGAAUGCACGGUUGUUGGCGGAGCUGGUGCGGGCACGUGGCCUGCAGCUAGAUGGCUGCUUUUCCUACUGGGAUGACUGCCUGGUGCUCACAGCCUUGCUCUGCCAGGAGCUGGGUCUGCCCUGCAGCCCGCCGGCCGCCAUGCGCCUGGCCAAGCAGAAGAGCCGUACCCAGCUGCACCUGUUGUGCCACCAUGGCCCACCCUGGCCCGCGCCCUCCCUCUAUGCUGUGCCCUGCUGUCCACUGGAGAGUGAGGCUGACGUGGACAAGGCUGUCCGCCAAGUACCCCUGCCAGGUGUCAUGAAGCUGGAGUUUGGGGCAGGCGCUGUAGGUGUACGGCUAGUGGAGGAUGCGCCACAGUGCCAUGAGCACUUUUCCCGGAUCGCCCGUGACCUGCAGGGCGAGGCCGACCAUCCCGGCAUUGGGCUGGGCUGGGGCAAUGCCAUGCUGCUAAUGGAGUUCAUUGAGGGCACUGAACACGAUGUGGAUCUGGUGUUGUUUGGUGGGCGACUGCUGGCUGCCUUUGUCUCUGACAAUGGCCCCACACGGCUGCCUGGCUUCACUGAGACAGCCGCCUGUAUGCCCACUGGACUGGCACCAGAGCAGGAGGCGCAGCUGGUGCAGGCAGCUUUCCGCUGUUGCCUGGGCUGUGGGCUGCUGGAUGGCGUCUUCAAUGUGGAGCUCAAGCUGACUGGGACUGGGCCGCGGCUCAUCGAGAUCAACCCCCGCAUGGGCGGCUUCUACCUACGAGACUGGAUCCUGGAGCUUUAUGGUGUGGACCUCCUGCUGGCUGCUGCUAUGGUGGCCUGUGGCCUGCGGCCCGCCUUGCCUGCCCACCCACGCGCCCGUGGUCACCUGGUGGGCGUCAUGUGCCUGGUGUCCCAGCACCUGCAGGUCCUGAGUUCCACCACCAGCCGUGAGACCCUGCAGGCUCUUCACGACCAGGGCCUGCUGCGCCUCAAUCUACUGGAGGAGGCCCUGGUGCCUGGCGAAUAUGAGGAACCCUACUGCAGCGUGGCUUGUGCUGGGCCCAGCCCGGCCGAGGCCCGUCUCCGCCUGCUGGGCCUCUGUCAGGGCCUCGGCAUUGAUGGGCCCCACUACCCCGUUGCCUACUUCUUGUCCCACUUCAAAUAGUGCUGGGGCUGGAGGGCAGGGGCAAAUUGCUGGAAGGGGCACUGCAGUGCCCUCUGCUCCCUGGUGCUCUCCCAGCAUCUCUUGCCAAAGCCCUGCCCCAACCCUGGUCAGGUCCACUCCAAGGCCCCAGGUCUCUUCCAGAGUGGCAGGGCCAUUUUGACACCAAGGUCUCCUGGGCUUGAGGGGCACAGAAGAACGUAUCUGGGAGGCUGUUAGGCCUUCUUGCCCUCCCCAAAGCCCCAGUCCAGCCCACAGCUGUCCCAGGACUCUACCCAUGGAGAAGCAACAACAGUUGCACAUACAUACACCCUACCCCCAGGUUGCUGGGAGUGGGCCUAAACCCAGUCCAUCUUCCCCACCCCUCCAGGUCUGUCUCUCUUCCUGCUGUCUGCAGGAGAGAACCUGGCUGGCCCCUGGCCUUGAACACAUCCCAAGAACCCUUUGUUCUCCUCAUGCCCUCAUUUAACAAAUUUUAGGAUAGGCCUAGAAUGCCUGGUGACAACUUCUGGCAAUGCCCCACCUGCGUCAUUUGGCAUGAGCAGUAGAAGCAGGUGACUGGGGUCAGCAGUAACCAUCUCCCCUCCAGGCAGACACUAUUGCCCCAUUCUACAGAAAAAAAAACAGGCUCAGAGAGGAAAAACCACUGCCUCGAUGUCAUAGCACAGUGGUUGAAGGGUCAGGGGACAAGAUGCAAGGUCCAGGUUUCUGCUUUUACUAACUUGUACGUGCCCACUCAGCUUCUAAGCCCAACUCACCUCCCUGCCCUCACACGUGGCCCUGAGAUGUGUGAACCUCCCCCCUCCCCCCAAUGCACCUUGCACCUUCACCAAGCUUUGGUGGUUGGCCUCAGGCACACCUAACUAGCACGGGCUACACUUCCUCAUUCAGGGGAGGCUGCUUUAAGAAUACUGCCUCUGUGCAGCACAGGAGCUGUGGACAGCGCCACAAGCAUCCCUCUCCAAAUAAAGGCUUGUGGACUAGUGAA